GCGGGCUGAAAUUGUCCGUUCAUUCUGUCGCUCACUCUUUAAGCAGGAAGCCGCACGAUGAACGAACGGAACCGGGCUUCGACAAACUAAAGCGCAACUAACACACGGGAAGCACUGGCAGUCGACGAUACAGCACAGGGGUGAUAGCUAUCUAUAAUAGAACAGGCUGUUCAAGCCGGGGCUUCCACCCUAUUAUUAUCUGUUCAGAGUGUGUGGGUACGAAUGAGCAGGUCUUUAAUACCCCUUCUGAAGUAAUUUGCAAGUGGAGGGUGUAGCUAUUUUGCCAAGUUAAGAAGAGUCCAUUGUAUACCCCUUUUUCAAAGCAAGUCUUGAACUACACAACAAUCCUCAUUCAGUAUUGAUUGAUCAGGGCCAUGGGAAAGAAUCGAGCACCUCGCCAUCCACAGGAUCAGGCCAAUAGCAGCAACAUGCCUUCGUCUGUGCCGCGACGGCCACCCCACAAUCCUCGCUCUCAGCCGCACCAUCAUCAUCAAUCUGCCAAUAAUGGCAACACCAGAGGCAGUUCCUUCACAAUGACGGCUUCGUCCUUGACAGAUACCCAAUACAAGGGAACCUUGGGCAUAAGCAGCACCAGCCACAGCACUGGCUCUCAACAGAGUCAGAGCACAAGAGGAGGCCAACAACAGACCAAGUCGUACAUUAGCUCCUCGUCUUCCACUCACAGCAAAGACUCGGCGCAACAAAAACUCUUUUACACAUCUCCACGAUGCGAGCUACCGGAUGCCAAAAUAUUUCCUACAUCUCCCGUCAAGAGAAGCUCCCUCACAAAUGUGGAUGACAGAUGGAAUACCAUGAGCCAACAGGCAGGGCAACAUCGACAAGAUUCCUCAGUACUGCAUGUCUCCAGGCGGCACAUGACACCUAGCGUGCUAAAAGCGGGCGUAUUGCCUCAGGUGGCCAUUCGAGUCAAGGAGCUACACUUGCGUCUAGAGCAAGCAGAAGACAUGCUACCCGAAUGGCUAGAUGUCAUUUCCUCCAAAUUCCAAAACUUGGAACAUUUGGUACUCACCCGCGACAACCCCGAGAGUCCCAGUGCACAACCCAGUCGACUGAGGCGGCUCUAUAUCCUGUAUAGGCUGCCACAUUUGGUCGCUAUUGACAAUAUACCCGUCACCAAAUCAGAACGACGCUUGGCGAGACCAGAUGAUCCGAAUGGGCACAAAGUAGUGUCAAAGGACGAGUGGUAUCAUUUGGGCGAGGGCGGAGCCAAGCAAAAGAACGGCACUUCUAAAAAGAAUCAAAAGGAAACAACUUCACCACGACGUAAUGGCAAACAACAACAAAAGCAACCGCCAGAACCCACGGCAAAGCAAAAAGAACGGAAUGAUACUGGCAAAAAGUCUGCCAAGAAGCAGCAGCAGCAGCAACGAAAGUCACCCAAAAGGAACCACAAGAACGAUUUUGCGGCCAAGGAAAUACUAGACUUUGUGGACAUUCUAGAAAGAAACGACGACGAUGAUGAUGAUGAGCACGACAAUGCAGACGAUCCCAUGUUGUCAUCCUUGGCAGAACUCAUCAGCGAAUCGGGAGAGGAGGGGUAUGAGCUGGACUUGGAUCUUGCCGAUGCGAUUCAAAGAAUCACCGGACCGAACGGCAAAGACAACAAGACUGGUAGACCGGAGUCGCCUUCAGCGGGGCGAAAAUGGGAUGGGCCCGAUGGUGGCAACCACAACAGCCAUCAUAAUAAAGAUCACCACAAGUCCAAGUCACCUCCAAAGAAACCAGGCAGUAAACAUCCAUCUCCCAGCAGGAAGGCAACAAGCAAACCAACGUCUCCCAAAAAGGGAGGCAAAGACAACAAGCAUGGCAACAACAACAAAGACAAUGGCAAUGGAACAAACAGCAGAACAGCUCCACCAACAGCACAGGCUGCCAUGAGCAAUAGCAUUUGUGAGCCUGGUGAUCAGACUGUGGAGGACUACUUGGAAGAUGAUUCGACCGUGACGUCGACAUACGGAUACGGUCAUUGGAGUGGUGCCUGUUUUGCGCCGUUUCAAGUUUGCACGAGCCAACCAAAAAAGAAAUCCAAGAAUGGUUUCUCUUCCAAAAGCAAGCUGCAACAAACUGGUGUGAAGGCAAAAGCCAACAUUGUGGCAGCCGUUGCCGGGGAGAUUGCUAAGAAUCGAAAGCUCCAGCAACUGCAAAAUGGUCCCGUAGAACCGGUCAAGAAUCGAAAGAGCCAGCAACAGCAAAGCAGUGCAGCACCGGAGAACAAUCGAAAGCAACAGCAAACUGCCGUCACUACACUAGCUCUUCCGUCAGCGCUCAAGAAGCCUCCUCCAUCAGCAGCAGACCCUCCUCCCGCAAAAAAGACGUCGGACCCACCAGAAAAGACGUUAUCUCCAACAACUUCUAAAUCUCACAAGUAUUCCACGAUGGUGGACGAAACCAAUCAAAAGCUGGAAAUGAAACACCGAAAAAAGUUGUUUCGUGAAUCUACGACAAGUGCCAGCCACGGAGGAUCAACCUCGGCGCCUUCUAGUAGACGUUCUCACAAGUACAGCAAGCUCUUGGUGACGGUAAAUGACAGAGUGGGCGCCAACUCGAGUGACGAUGAUUCCAGACGCGGGAGUUUGGAUUCUUCCAAAGAUAGGAUGCGUCUAAUACUUGGUCAACAUGCAGAGCAAGAUCACGAGACAUCAAAGCAAAAGCUUAGAGUUACUACAGCUCUCGAGAAACCACAACGGCAAUUGCAACCCUCCCAACCCGCUAAUAUGUCGCCAUCCAAGUCCCAGAAACAAUCGCAACUUCAUCAGAGACAACAGCGACCACAGAAGAUUGAACCGCUGCAACUUACAUUGUAUAAGAAAGAACCACAAGGCGUCCCAUCAAGGGCCAAGAAGAACAAGCCCCCAUCAAUACUAGAAGAGGACGAAGUCGGGACGAUGACUGGAGUCAGUAUUGAUGUCGUUCAGGAUGCAAAUUGUGGCAUGUCAGUCGCAACAAUACCAUCAGUGUUGCAACGCCAAGCCAAAGUCUAUGACAUGGAGCAGAAGUUCAAGAGUCAAGUCACAUCCCUGCAACUCAUGGCCCCGCCAUCAACUCAGGCAAAGGUCCAGUCCGGAGCGCAGCCCAAGCCAUCGACCGAGGUCGGAACUCUUGCCGCUCGACGGAAUCUCGCGGGAGUUACGAUUGAUGUCCCACCUCAUUCGCCAGAAGACGAGUCAGAGCCACCUUUCAAUCAACCGAAACCAAAGCAGAAGACAGGCCACACAAAGAAAGAGAAUGCCGAAGUCAACGACGAUGCCAAGCACCCAAAACAAAACAAGAAAACGUUGCAGCGACAAGAGUCCAAUCAUAGUGACGCUUCCAAGUCACGAAAACAACGAGUGACGACGAAAACGAACGAGGCAGAGCCAACCGCAGCAGGCAAACGCAAGCAGCUACUAUCCGCUGCCAUGGAAGAUAUCUUGGGGGCCAAGAAGUCAAGUGAGUCGUCAGAGGGGCCUACGGAUCCUGAAAUAGUUGACAUGGUGCUGAGCAAACUUGGUAGACAUUUUGCAACAGGGCCAUCAGCUCCCGCUGGCGUGCAAGGGUCGGGACCAAACGUUUCAUCUCAGACCAAAAGUGGUCGAGGUGCACCUGACGUGGUGAUGCAACAACUAAUGCAGAUGGAAACCAAAGGAGCGUCCAACAGUGAGACUCACCGAGACCUGCAAUUUCCCAGGCUCACUCCGACAUCAGAUGGGACGUCAAAGAAGUCAUCAGAAAGGCGAAAUCUGCAACUGAGGCUGAGCUCCAGAUCGGCCGAGGACUCACAGCUCAAAGCAUUGAGUACACAGGAACGUCCGUCAGGAGAAGAAUCCAGUGCAUCCGAAGAUCGAAGUGAUGCAAAGAAACGAAGCAAUGUGAAGACAAAGAGCCAGCUGAACGUGUCGAAGCCAAGGGGUGUUGGUCAUUCCUCAAGUACAAGCGAGGAAGAUCACAGCAGCGCCAGCAGCAGCAGUAGAAACAAGUACAAGACACGGAGUCAUCACAAGAAAACAAAACCACCAUCACAGCGUCCUUCUUCUAGCGAGGAGGUAGAAGAAGCGAGCAGUGCAAGCACAGCUCGUAAGUCUGCAUCACAUGGAAGUGGCAGUCGCAGCCAGGACUCAUCAUCGAACCAGAGCAGUGGCGCCGAAUCCAAAGAGAACUUUCGCGAACUGGAAAGUCGUCUGGACACCCUCAUUCACAACGCUGUCGCAGCCAGACCUUCCUCCGCCCCACGGCACACGACAGCAAUCCCACAAUCACCACCGGAGUCGAAACUUUUGUCUCCCGCGGAGCAGAAGCUGAUGGCAGAGACAGUGAGCAAGCUGGAUGAGAACCUGAGAAAUAUUCUUGAAAUCCAACAAAAUUCACCUGAGCGUCGUAUCUCACCGGCUGAGCGAAGAAUACGUCGCAACCAAGAAAGAUCAAGCUUGACCAGUACACCGAACGAUGAGAGGCGACCGAAUUUGCCUGAAGUUGGGCGGCAGCAUCAUGUGACAAUAAACGCUCCCGAUGAGACUGAUGCAUCCCCCCUCGAAAGGCUGGAAACAACGAUGGCUGGUUUGUUUGCGUCGAUUAUGUCGCAGAUGUCUCCUUCAAAACGUCCACGUCAACUCCCGGCUCCAGAUGUUGGCCAUCAAGCCAAGGGCAACGUUGGGAACAAGGAAAAGAAUCGGGAAACAUUUUUCUCCAAGGACACAAAGAAAACGCUGGAUAUGCUUUCGAACGACGAAGACUCGACUCUGUUCGUUGUGGAAAUUGAAAAGAAUGAGGUCCUUGAAAGCCUCACAAAUGACUACCAGUUUCAUCCACCCAAAAGCAGAACAGGAAUUCAGGCUCCAUCUGUAGUCCACCUGGUUGAUCCGUCCGUGCAGUCUUCCGUCACAGCCUUCAAAGCGGCACAAACGCAGAAUCUAGAAACCUUAUCGGUUUCGCCGCUUCCUCCUUCUACGCAGGGCGGCUUUGAGCAGAAAACGCUGCCGACACAAUCUCCGUUUUACGAACAAUCCAAAAGGCAAGAGAUUGAAUCCAUUGCUGCCACUGCUACCAAGGUUGCAGCACUUAUUAUGACGGAUUCCGAACUAAGACUUGGUCAAGACACAGGGCUCGGUAUGAACGAGACGAGUUCUGUAGAGAUUGUGCACACCACCACAAGCCAACAGGACACUGUGAAUCAAGAGGGUGUACACGACGAUAUUGAGAUUAUCCACGACUCUUUAAGUCUUCAGAACUUUGUUCGUGGUGGGCGAGCCCACGACAUUGAAAUCGUUCAUGAUACAACAACCCCUCAAAAUACGAAGCAUGUGGUUCUUGUUCAACAGCAACGCCAAGUGACGAUAGUGCCUGACGCCGCUGGUCGUGCCAGCAUCCAACAUGUCGUACACGACAUGACCGGAGUCGAAAUGGGGAAAGACCCCACGAUUAUUGAUUUGACAGACAAGAGUUCCACUGCAAUGUUCCCCUCUGGUCAGAUGGACGGUGGAUGGCGUGCAAAGAAUGCCGAUGAUCCGACAGUGAUCAACUUGGUGGACGUCCAAAGCGUUCCGGACAAACAACUCCCCAGUGGUCAAGAACAGGCGCAGAAGACUCUCCCUGACGAGGAAGGCCAAGCGCAAACUCAGAAGCCACCAGUUGAGAUCAAAGUGCAGCAGCAAACUCAGAAACCUUCGCCUGAGACUCAGGCUCAACAACCACCCCAGCAUCCCCACCAAGAGAGUCAAUCUCAGCGGAUUCCCCCGCAGGAGAUCCAGGUCAAGCCCACAGAGAAACCUGCCGGCCUGCUGCUUCCAGCUCUCACACACGCAGCGAAGCCUGCAGGGAGUCCUCAAUCAUCAACUCCGGUUGAUACUGGAGGAAAUGGGAGGGCAACGGACAUUAGUCAGCAAGGAUCGAAGUUGGGGAUGGUUGUGAACCUACCAACGGUGUACGAAAACGAAGAUCCAGCAAUAGAAGAGGUCGAUGGUCAAUGUGUGGCAGCGGCGGCUGCAGGAGCAGCAGCUGGUGCAAAGGCAUCUGGCGACGAUGUUACUGAGCCCCCUUCGGACCAAACUGUAGCAGGAGAAACUGACUACUGUCCUGAACCCCCUUCCGAUCAAACUGUAGCAGGAGAAACUGACUGUCCCUCCGAUAUGAUACGUACUAAUCAGAAUGUAGGGGGAGACAAGACUCUGCCCAUUCUCCCAAAACCGCGGAUUGUGCCACCCCAAGAGAUCACGACCCCAGCUGUCAAUCCCAUCCUUGCAGUCCUUCAGGCCCCAAUCAGAGAGGAUUUCUCAUACAAACAGCGUCUUACGGACAAGUCCAUGGGUUUUCCCUCUGAGGUGGUCGUCCAGAACGACAGUGGCUCGGAAAAAAGUCCGAAGGAGCCAGCGUUGAUCGCUGAGCUAUUGACGGCGAAGCCGAAAGAGUCCACGCUGUCAAUGACGUCCAGGCGAGAGGCAUAUUGGCAGAAGCACCAGCCGGUAACGCCAAACAGCGGGCGGGUGCAAAGCGGUGGUAACGGGCGGAUGGACAGCGAAGAUUCACGUCGCGAUUCGCCUCCGUCUCCCAAGGACACUAGACCUACGCUGCCAAGAGAGAUUGUGGCUCUUCUUCAAGAAACGGAAAUUUCGACUUCUGCAGAAGCGAUUGCACUUCUACCCAGCGAAAUCGUGAUGAGAAUCGAGAAAACUCUUUCUGAUGCUGGUUACAAUGGGCAGUUAUCGCCUGGGUCAGGACCACCGGGAGAUAUUCUUGGUGCUAUGCUCGAGGAACACUACUCACCACAAAGGUCAUCUCUGCCGAGAAACCCUCUAUCAAUCCCGGAUGACAUUCGUAUGAUGUUGUCUCAGGUUGAAAUUGACAGAGUUGCAGGAAGAGGAGACACUAGAAAUGGAGACAUGGACAGCCCUGCCUUGACCCAGACAAAUCUAUCGUUUCCAAGGGAAGUCGUAGCGAUGCAAAUGCCGCAAGAGCCCAGCGGCGACUUCGCCAGCGCAAGUUAUGAUGGCGAAACGCCUGGAGUGUCGCCAACAUAUGAUACGGAACAGGAAAUGUCAUGGCACUUGAAGUCCAGACUACAAUAUCAACAAGAUCCAUCCCAAUACCUUAGCGCGACGCCCUCGGCAGAUAGUAGUAUUCCCCGUGGCGGAUUGACAUCUUUUGAGGGGCUGCCUGAGGAACUGCUUCUGGCCAGGCAACACAUUCUGACGAAAUCGUACGAAAUGCAAUUUGCCAAACGACCAGAUUCUCCUGAAACUGCUGGAUUCCGGGUCAUUUCCGAGAACGGUAGUGACCCAUCACACCAACUGUCAAAUCGUGGUCGUUCAUCAGCAGUGCCAACUUCUCUACCGUCAAAGAUCGCGGUCAACGAUCAAGAUCAUCAGGCACGGCAUGAAUCUUCACGCUCCCCUUCGCUGCCUUCGAAGAUCGCAAUGAACCAACAAAGCGGUCCCCAGCAAUCAACCCGACCGCCGUCAAUCCCAUCAAAGAUUGGUACAGACCAAGGAGAGUCGCAGCCAAUCUCAGCACGCCCCCCUUCGCUCCCAUCGAAGAUUGGUGGUGACCAAGGUGAAGGUUCCCAGUCCCAACCAAACUCCACACGGCCACCUUCACUCCCAUCGAAGAUUAACAUGCAAACUCAGCCACCAGAACAGGAAUCGGCUGUUCCAUCCAAAAUCGCAAUCAACAGAACUGGAGAAAGCGGUCCAGCUGAGGGGGGCAACCAAGAUGAAAGCCUUCAGCAGCGCCCUUCUUCCCUGCCAUCAAAGGUCCUGGUGAAAGCAGACGGUGGCAAAAGCCCACCAAAGACGUCUCCAAACAAGACAACUGCACCUUCUCAAUCAAAGUCGUUGUCGUCGCCAUUUCCACUCCAGUUUCGGGCCAGACUGGUCAAGUCUCUGAAGGCAUCCGCACAGCAGAAAUCUUCUGCAACUGCUGCAGCGGUUGCCGAGUCCACUGCAAAAGCCGAGAGCAGCAAAGCUGUUGCUGGCGAUGGCAGUGUUGCUUCCUCUAGUAGCCAGGCUGACGCCAAGUCUUCUACAUCCACCGAUUUGCCCCAUCAAAUUACAGUCGACAACAACAACAAUAAUGCCACAACCAACAACGACAACAAUGCUACUUCGUCACUGCUCGUGGAAACCAUUUCGAUUACACCUUCUCCAGCGGCUCGCAUUUUCAAGCCAGUCUCAUCUCCCUUGCUAAAGUCUCGUGCCAAAAAGGUGGUGGCGCGAUCCAACGGAGAACUUCCACCGCACAAUCCAGCGAGUGAGAGACGAUCUAUCAGUUCUAUAAGCCCUCGAUCGGACAAGAUGAACCGAGCUAUGAAUCGUUGGAAACAGCAACGGAAUGCCCGUUCCAACUCGAUUAUCGAUGACGAGGAGGAGGAGGAAGAAGAAGAGGAGGCCCAGCAUACGGACCACGCCGUCUCCUAUACCGAAUGAAACUAGAACGUGUUUGCAGUCGCAAGACUAGGUUUCCCUGUAACAUUAGUAGGUCUAUUGACACAAAACCCUCUGCAGCUAGUAUGCUACUUUGAAGU